GGGGCCUUAAUCCAGUUGGUAGAGGGAUUGCCGCUAUUCCCCAGCAACCCUGCCCCAGAGAUGGCUGCAUCUCAGCACCGGACAAGCCAGCCCUGUGCUGUGUUAUGCGUAGCUGUUCCCUGGCUGCCCCUCAGAGCCAGGUGAGCCCUCCCCAUUCAGCGUUAUAUGCAGCUGUUCCCCGGCUGUCUCACCCCAGAGGUGGCUGCAUCUCAGAGCCAGGUGAGCCCUCCCCAUGCGGCGUUAUAUGCAGCUGUUCCCCAGCUGCCCCAAACCUUGUUUAAUGCUAGCUAAGGUCAGAUCAGUGCAAAGCACAAGGGGCAGGUCUCCUGGGUUCCCUGCCACCUUUUGCAGGGCGGGCCCUCCUUUCUCUGUGCUUCCCAACUUCAGAAAGGACAUAGGGCACUGUCCCGCCGCCCAGGGUUAAGGUGUCAAGUGACUGUGAGGUGCUCAGAUACUGUAGCAAUGGGGGACAGAGAAGUACCUAAAAUAUAGACACCCCCCCCAGCUCUAACCUAUUAGCCCCCACUCCCCUCCCGGAGCCAGGGAGAGAACCCAGGAGACCUCGCUCCCAGCGCUGGAGAUAGAGGGCAUCCAUUGGCUGUCUUGAUCGCCCGCCCCGUCCCAUCCCAUCCGGCUCCCGAUUGGCCGAGCCGAGCCGUCUCCCCUUCCCAUAGGAAGCGGCGCCGAUCCACCCCGCCCCAAAUUUAAAAGAGAUUAGCUCCCCCUCCCCCCAGGAGAGCCGGACCGCAGGACGGGCCGCGCGGGGACAGACGGAUUUGGAGGCAGAGGCUCGCUGCAAAGGCCCCGGCAAUGGCCACUUUCACCCGCCAGGAGUUCUACCAGCAGCUGCUGCAGGGCUGCAUGAUACCCACUGCCCAGCAGGGGCUGGAGCAGAUCUGGCUUCUGCUGCUCAUCUGCCUGGCAUGCCGGCUGCUCUGGAGGCUGCCUCUGCCUGGCUAUGCCAAGCACCUCAGCACGGUGGUGGGGGGGUUCUACGCCCUCCACCACUUCUUCCAGCUGCAGAUGGUCUGGGUGGUGCUGCUCAGCCUGCUGUGCUACCUGGUUCUCUUCCUGUGCCGGCACUCGGCCCACCGUGGGGUCUUCCUUUCCAUCACCAUCCUCAUCUACCUCCUCAUGGGGGAGAUGCACAUGGUGGAUACCGUGACCUGGCAUAAAAUGAGAGGGGCCCAGAUGAUUGUGGCGAUGAAGGCUGUGUCCCUGGGCUUCGACCUGGACCGAGGGGAGCUCCCGGCUGUCCCCUCCCCCGUGGAGUUCAUGGGCUACAUCUACUUUGUGGGCACGGCCAUCUUCGGGCCCUGGAGCCGCUUCCGCAGCUACCUCCAGGCAGUGGAGAGCCGGGCCCUGAGCCUCCCCUGGCUGCGAAAGGUGUCCCGGAGCCUCCUCCUCUCCAGCAUCUGCCUCCUCGUCUCCACCUGCAUCGCCCCCUACCUGUUCUCAUACUUCAUCCCGCUCUACGGCUACCGGCAGCUCAGGAAGAGGAAAAGCAAGGCCAGGUGGCUCCGGGCCUACGAAAGCGCCAUCUCCUUCCACUUCAGCAGCUACUUUGUGGGAUUCCUCUCCGAGGCCACGGCCACGCUGGCUGGGGCGGGAUUCACCGAGGAGAAGGACAACCUCAAAUGGGACCUGACAGUGUCCCGACCCUUGAAUGUUGAGCUGCCCCGAUCGAUGGUGGAAGUCGUCACCAGCUGGAACCUGCCCAUGUCCAGUUGGCUCAACUCCUAUGUCUUUAAGAACAGCCUGCAACUGGGGACUUUCUCCGCUGUCAUUGUCACGUACGCCGCCAGCGCCCUCCUACAUGGACUCAGCUUCCACCUGGCUGCUGUGCUGCUUUCUCUCGGAUUCAUCACCUACGUGGAGCAUGUCCUCCGGAAGCGCCUCUCUGUCAUCUUUGAUGCCUGUCUCCUCUCCAAGCGCUGCCCGCCCGGCUGUCCCCACCGCCAUAACACGAAUCUCUGGGUUCGGCUGCUGAACCUGCUUUUCGGCGCUCUGGCUGUCUUCCACCUCGCCUACUUGGGCUCACUCUUCGACAUGGACGCUGACGACACCGUAGAGGAGCAGGGUUACAGCAUGUCCUACACCAUCUAUAAGUGGUCGGAGCUGAGCUGGGCCAGCCACUGGGUUACCUUCGGCUGUUGGGUCUUCUAUCGCCUCAUUGGCUGAGCUGGACUGGGACACAGAGACACUGGGAUGUGGGGAGUGUCCUGGUGUGAUCUGACUGUACCUCUCCCAGGCCCUACUGAGACCAUCGGACACAUCCUCAAGAGCUGGUGGGCUUCAGUUGGGGUAUCUGGCAUCAGGCCAUGGGCAGGAGGAGAUGGGCAUCAGGGACUCAGUGGGGGGGGGGGCUAGUGGCCUCAUGGGGAAUCACAGUCUCUGUCCCCUGCUCACUGGCCAGCCAUUAACCUCUCCCUGUCUUGAAGUGAACUGGACGGCCAAGAACUGUAUGAUGGAUCCGGAUCCCACUUCUGCCACCAUUUUAUAGGUGCAGUGAGAGGGAACAGACACCAUAGAGAGUGACUUCUAUCUGUGCAUCUCCCCCACUGAAACAACAUGACCUGGUCCUCUCUAGGAACUGGAGGACCAAAAUUUCUAUGGUCAGUUUGGCUCCCACGCCUACCACCAUGUUGUAGGAGCAGAGUGAGAGAACAAACACCGUGGAGAAUGACCACACACACUCCAUUCACCGUGCCCUGGUCCUCUCUAGGAACUGGAGGAUCGAGAUCUCUGUGGUUGAUUCUGAUCCCACUCUGUUGUCGCAGCAGAGAGAAAAUGGACACUGCCACCCAAGGAAGGACACACCCAGGCCCCUGCCCAGCACUCCCCGUGCAGCGUCCCCUCUAGGACCUGCACGACCAAGAACUCUGUGAGUUUAUAGGGCCCAAGUUACAGCUGCUACCCCAUUCCCACCCCCAAAGCUGCCAGGGGUGGGGGACAGGAAAGUACUGUACUUAGCUUAGAAAAAGGGAUUUUUUUAAACAGAAAACUCCCGUGUAUCGUAUUUGUUACCUGUAAAAUAAAUAAUAAAAACACUGUAUACGCAGAACCAUACUGCCUCCUGCUGGCUGGAUUGCUUAAUGAGCCAUUCAUGCUUUAAUAAUAAUGCGUCGUUAAUCGAUGGUGGGGCUUCUCAUUUCAAACUCAAGCCUUUUGCACCCAUUCAUGCUUCAUUAUUAAUGACUUAAUGCAAAUUAUUAAUAUCACCAGGAUCAGGUUCCCUGUUGCAAUGAGGGCUGCCUGGCCCCCCCAUAUCUCCCCACCAGACUGAGAUUGGGGGUCUCCAUUGUGCCAGGUGCCAGAGAGACACCCCCCACGGAGAGCAGAGUCCCAUCAUGCCAGGUGCUAGAGUAACCCGCUCGACCUUGCUCCCCUCCCAGGGCUGGGGAUAGAACCCAGGAGUCGUGAGCUCUUCAUCCAGUGGUAGAGAGUUCCACAGGCCUCAGCCACCGAACCGUUCACCGCUGCCUAGCAAGUGGAGGAAGCCGGACUUGGACCCCAUUACCUGGCGCUCGCACCUGGGCUGGGUCAAUGAUUAAUUAAUAUGAUGACUUAACAAGGAAGGUUCCUUCCUUGGGGGGGGCAGAGGAAGCUGGAAACAGAGAAUCAAGGACGCCAGGCAGUGUCUGAAGAGCGGGGAGGGGAGGGCAGAAAUGGCACGACCCCAAAACUGCACCCACCACAGCGGCCAGUUCCCCCUGUCCUCAGAGAUCUUCCAAGGUGGGACCCAGGCAUCCGGGUGCCCCGAGGACCAGAGUGGAGGGCGGGGGAGCAUGCAGCCAGGGGGGAGGGAAUCAGGCCCGAAUGGAGGAGAACUCCCUGGGGGAGGGGUCAGCCCAGGGAGGGCACUUUGGGGGAGCAGGAGCACUGUGGGGCUCAGGCUCACCCCACCCCACUCUCUCUGCCUUCACCCCCCACCCCCCAGUGUUCCAAGCCCAGCUAUGGAUCUUCCUCAUUCCCACGGCCCUGGGCCUGGUGCAGCUGGGCCUGUUCCUGGAGCAGACGGGCUUCUUUCUACGCCGCCUGGGCACCUCCCGCAGAACCACCCUCUCCCUCUGGAUCCUGGGGGUCUACCCGGUAAGGCAGGAGAGAACCCAGGAGUCUGGGCUUCC